AUGUGUUUGAAGGAAACCCACUUUGAUGUCAAGGUGCCCAGUCCAGGGAAGCUCAAGUUUUCUCUGCGAGUUGUCAAGUACGACAGACACGGAUACAAGGCCAGGACAAGAGCUGUCAUCAUCACUGAUACGAAUAACUGCUUCUAUCUUGAUACCAGCAAUUUCAAAGUGAAGGAGCAGUUUCCCCUCAGUGACAUUUCCGCUAUCUCUGUUAGCAGCCUGAGUGAUGGAGUGGUGGUCAUCGGACUACCCACGGAGGGACCCAAUGCAAGAGGUGACCUCAUUAUCAAGACUGAGCAGGUGAUUGAGCUUGUCACUAAACUGGCUCUGUUCGGAGGGAAACUGGAUACUGUCAAAAUUGUCUCCACGGGAACAUCUCCCCCACACUGUCCUCACCUUCACCAAGCCGGUGACAUUUAG